ACUAUCCAUAGCAACCACCUGCUGGUUUGUUGCCCAUGUGCUAGCAGCUGGCGGCAGUUCUCUCGGAAAUCGCUGGGGUUGGGUUCCGCGGGCGCUACCUGCCCAUCAAAAUUAUUUGUUAACUUAAGAAUAUUUUCGCUGGAAUUAUUUCAUGUGACCAAGAAGUACGAGGAAAUCUUCACUGCGCUCCAAACUCGAUGUGGACAAACCUCGGCGACCUUACCUUAUUGCUGAAAUGUGAGCCCCUUGCUCAGGAACAUGAAACACAGAAGUUUUGAAAUGUUUUACUGCCUUGUUUUCUUCACCCUUUUUGAAUUCAGCUUAGGUUCAGAAUCUGCGAGAAGGCAACCCUAACUUUUGAAGGCUGAGGGAGACCGCACUAUGGCCGAAUCCGUCAAGGUGCUGGUCCGAUGUCGGCCCAUGAACAGUCGAGAGAAGGGUCUCAACUGUGAGGUGGUUGUGUUCAUGGAGCCGAGCGUGAUGCAGGUCUCCAUCGUCAACCCGGCCGACAAGAACGCGCCGCCAAAGUCCUUCACCUUCGACGGCGUCUACUACAUGGACUCCAUCACCGAGAACAUCUACAAGGACAUGGCCUACCCGCUGGUCGAGGGCACCCUCGAAGGCUACAACGGCACCAUCUUCGCCUACGGACAGACCGGCUGCGGCAAGUCGUUCUCCAUGCAGGGCAUCAAGGACCCGCCCACGCAGGUCGGCCUCAUCCCGCGCGCGUUCGAGCACAUAUUCGACGUCACCUCCACCUCGGACGAGUCCAAGUUUCUGGUGCACGGCUCCUACCUGGAGAUCUACAACGAGGAGAUCCGCGACCUGCUGGGCGUCGACUCCAAGAAGAAGAUCGAGUUGAAGGAGCACCCGGAGAAGGGCGUCUACGUGCAGGACCUGACCAAACACCCGGUGGCCAACACCAAGGAGUGCGAGGCGCUCAUGGCCAAGGGCUGGAACAACCGCUCCGUCGGCGAGACGCUGAUGAACAAGGACUCGUCGCGCUCGCACUCCAUCUUCACCAUCUUCAUCGAGAUGAUCACGCCGGCCAAAAAGCCGGGCGCCAAGGACAACAUCCGCGCCGGCAAGCUGAACCUGGUCGACUUGGCCGGCUCCGAGCGACAGGGAAAGACGGGUGCCACCGGCGAUCGUCUGAAGGAGGCCACCAAAAUCAACCUGUCGCUGUCCGCGCUGGGAAACGUCAUCUCAGCGCUGGUCGACGGCAAGAGCAAACACAUCCCCUACCGAGACUCCAAACUGACCCGACUGCUGCAGGACUCUCUGGGAGGCAACACCAAGACGAUGAUGGUGGCCUGCCUGUCGCCAGCCGACAACAACUACGACGAGACGGUCAGCACCCUGCGCUACGCCAACCGCGCCAAACAGAUCAAGAACAAGCCCAAGAUCAACGAGGACCCCAAGGACACCCUGCUCAGGGAGUACGCCGAGGAGAUCAAGAAGCUCAAGGAGCAGCUAGAGUCGGCCGGCGGGCCCGCCCAGGUCAAACUCGAGAAAGUUGUGGACGAGGAGGCGAUCCAGCGCGAGCGGGAGAAGCUCAAGGCCGAGUACGAUCAGGAGAUGAAGAAGAUGAAAAAGGAGCUGGAGAAGCAGCAGAAGGCCGGCGGCGGCAGCGGACCGCCCGACCCGGCCGAAGUGGAAAAACAGGCUGCCAAAAUACGGGCCGAGUUCGAGGAGCGGGAGCGCAAAAUGAGGGAGGAGCUGGAGGCUCAGAAAGCCAUGAUGUCCGGCGGCGCCAUACCGCAAAACGUCGACCCAGAGGUCUACGAAAAACUGCGCGUGCUGCAGCAGCAGAUUGUGGGCGGCGAGUCGGCCAACGACCAGCAGGCGGUGAUGAAGCGCCGCAAACAGAACGAGGAGGUGCAGCGGCGUCGGAAGGAGAUCGCCGCCGCGCUCGGACGCAGCGCCGCAGAGGACGAGGACGAUGACGAGAUACUCGUCAAGGCGUACGACGACGUGCAGUCGACGCUGCGCGCGCGCACAGACCUCGCCAAGAAGAUGAAGAGCCGGCUGAAGGCCCAGGAGCAGGAGAUCCGCGACAUCCAGCGCGAGUUCGCCGUCGAGCGAGACGACUACCUGGAGACGAUCCGGCGCCAGGAGCAGGGCAUGCGCCUGCUGGAGCAGCUGCUGGCGCGCGUGCAGCCCACCAUCCGCAAGGACUGCAACUACUCCGACCUGGAGGCCAUCAAGAAGCAGGCCAUCUGGGACGAGGUGGAGCAGAAGUGGCGGCUGCCCGAGCUGCAGCUGCAGAAGACCAAGCUGCCGCCGCCCGUGCUGGGUUUCGGCGCGCCGACCACCAGCACCAAGUACAAGGGUCCCGGCGGCACUGACUGGGCCCAGGAGGAGACGCGCAUCUCCAAUCGUCUGGAGCGCGGUGCCGAGGAGAAUAUCGCCGGCUCCUACUUCAAGCACCCGACCAACACGCGCCAGGCGGAGAUCCUGUUCAAGACGCAGCUGGCGGCCGAGCAGGCGGCCAAACAGGGACAGGGCUACAUGGACCCUGCUGCCUACUGGACCAAGAGCGCCCCGCCCAGCCCCACAGGAUCCAACCACAGCUUUGCACCUAUGGGGAGAGGCUUUCAGCCGGACGCGCGAAAGCCGGCGCGUCUGGCUCCGGUCGGCGGCGGCGGCGGCAAGAAGAACUUCAUGGCCGCCCUAUAGCCGGCGCCGGCGGGGACCGCGCCUCCGCUGUGACUGGUCAGUCCUGCUGGUCAGGUCAGUCCGGCCCGGUCUGGUCAGUCCGGCCCGGUCAGGUCAGUCCGGCCGGUCCCGUUACGUUCAGGAUGCGGGCGGAGGCGGCGACGGUUGCCGUUGGCCGCACUGGGCCGGCGGUCUGCCCGCCUGGGUGCCGCCCGGCCGUUGUGAUACCGUCCUUACGAAGCAGGGAGAGAUACCAGUGCCUUGUGGCCGUCGGGCCAGACCUCUCAGAGAACCAGCUAGUCAGCGGAUAGCCACCGGUGGAUCCGACUGGCCCGGGAUCCCCCGGGACGGAGCCGCUCGGAGCGCGGGCGGGCAGUAUUAAACCGGUGGACCAACACGCCACUACCAGUGCCUACCAGAAUAGGGUCGUCACACGCGGCGACCGAUAGACAUUUUAUGGAGUUGUUUAUUGUUAGCUGAUGGAGUCCGGGUGUCUCGCCGGUGAAAUUGAUGGGCCAUUGCGCGUCGUUCUCGAUCUGCGGCAAUAUGAUACCGAUGGUGAUGUACAAUCGUAACGUCUGACGGGGACGGUUUGUAUACCAGUGCAAUAUUUCAGAGCAGCUAUUCUAUGACUCGGUCUCAAAUGCCAUUGUCCUGUACCUAAUGUACCGUUCUGCGGUUCAAAUAUAAAUGUGUGCGUCCUAAA